GCUCUUCCAUGGCGGCGGCGUUCCGGGUGCAACAGCAGCAGCAGCCGAUGGGCCCCGUUGAACUAUUAAGUAGUGAACUGUUUCCAGGAGACAUUGCGUUCGAUGAGGUGAAGGAAUCGGCCAAAGAGAAGCAGCAAAGUAAAACGCCGGAAAAGGAGGAAUAAACGGAAACGGAACAUCCACCGGGCAGCAGCGACCACUAGAGUUGGUAGCUGAUGCAUAAGGAAUAUUACGCUCUCCUGCCUGUCAGCCGCGACUACUUUUAAACAUUUUCUACUAACGUUACGAAGCGCACGAGGCAGCCACAUCGAUGCAUAACUUGUGAACGCCUCUCCAAUCCAAUUCGCCGCUUAAUGAGUGAUUCGCAAUGCUUUUAAAGACAGACAAACAGAAAUGAUCCAGCCUUCAGCAGUCCAGUGGCAGUGGCUCUGCUAUUAGCUCAUAUGGAAGUAUUUCUACUUCUUCAGCGAUAAUGGGCAUUGCAAGAUGGGCAGGAAUGGCGAACCACCGCUCUAACAUACAUCUGAUUGAUUCCAAAAGAUACCAGAAAGCUUGUGUGUGUUUGUACGCUUCGUGUGUAUGUUUGGUGUGGUUUGUCGCUUCGCUGAUAUGAUUUCGCUAACAACAUCGCUUGCCGGCCGUCACAGAUAUGCGUGUGAUGAGACCAAAACGCUUUAGAAAUGCGCGAUACGCGGUAAAUGUUCUUUCCGAUAAGCGGCCAACCGAUGACCGAUCCCCGCUGUUGGUGAAAAGGGGUGGAGUGUAAGCGCAGCAGUUUUGUAGGCGUCAGGCGUCAGAGAAACAACAAAUGCAGUCAAGGAGAGUAGCCGAUAAUGCUCGAUGUGUAUAUUUGUUCCCCGGAAGAAAAGAAGAAGAAAAAAAACAACCAACCGAUUAAAUGUUGCGAUAAAUUGUUGCAAAAGUACGGUGCAGUGAUGUUAUAGCUAAAUUUUACAAAACUUUCGAUGAAUGAUCGUAAUUAUCCAGAUUAAUCUCUCUCUCUCUCUCUCUCCCUCCGUCGACUCUCUUUCUCACACAUCCCACUUUAAUCGAUUCGGCCAGGCCCGAAUGGAAAGAUCGUUCGAAGGGAAUAAUAAUAGGAGACAAGAAACAAGAAAGAUAAGGACAAAAUGCAAACCAGUUAGCUAUUUUAAUGAAAGUAAGCGGAACAGAAAAAAUAAACUAAACCAGCAAAAGACACACAGUUAUCCAAAGAAAAUUGAAAAUAAAAUAAACAAAAAAAAAUGGAAAAAAAGGCAGAAAAACACAAAAAUCCUUGAAUAUACAUACACAAACAUACAUUCAAAAACAUAACAUAAGUCAAAGUAGGCGCAGUACCACGCCGGGUACUGCGCAGAUAACAUUAACAAAAGAUUUAAAUGCUAGCUUAUGAGAGCAACGUUACUAGCAAAACCGAACAGAAACAGAAUGAGGGCGCGGAAGAGGUAAAACCAAUCAACAAUCCAACAGCAUGCAGCAGCAUACUUAACCUAGAUGUACUGAUUUGCAUGAACUAUGAUGAAAUAAACAAUGAU